AUGGAGAAAUAUGAGUAAUUAGAUUCUUUAUAUGCAAAAGUCUUUUUCAUUUUGCAACAAUUAUUAAAAGCAGAAAUAAUUACUCAAUAUGAGAAAGAUCAGUUUAAGGGUAUUUUAUAUUAAUACUAUAAAGACUUUAUAAUUUAAAACGACUAAUCUAUUAAAAAUUUAAUUGUAGUGGAUAGUUAUCAAGAACUGUUUGAAAAUAUUUAAGAAUUUAUUUAUAAAAAAAGGGGUAAUUUAGAAGGUUUGUCUGAUUUUGAAGACGAUGAUUCAACUAGCAAAAGUUUGAAGCAUUAUUUAAGAAACAAAUUAAAACUGGAAUUAAAAUAGAGUAAUUUUAAUUUAGCACUAAAGAAAAUUUGA